AUUACAUGAGUCGUAUUAUGAAUAGUUUUAUUUAGUCAAGUGGUAGUCAAAACAAACAGUCAAGUAGCCCAUUCACCGAAAAAAUUCAUGGUUAUGACUUUUAUGAUUUAAAAAAAUUUCUUAAAAAUUCAAGAGUUUAUUCACUUUAGUUAAGUAAUAAAGGCUUUCUUUCAUUCUUUGUUUGGGAAACUGCGUUUUAGUUGUAUAUUUUGAGAUGGUUAUAAUUCUCGAUUCAGUGUGAUGUAGAAGGCACUAGUCGUAGAGCUCAACAUCAUCAAAUUUCAGAUUUCGCAUAACACCUUAUAAGACGUAUAUAUAUAUAGCUUGGUGGCUUUUGGAUUCUAUAGAAAUUCAAUAUUUUAAGCUUCCUUAUCGGUUUGAACGGACUUCAUUGCACCAAAAAUUGAAUUAUAAAAGUUGCCCUUUUGGUUAGGCAUUGAACCGAAAUUUGAUUACACGGAAAAAGAAUAAUAAUAAGAUGAGGAAUUUAGCAGCUUGGAAAUCUUCUUUUAAAGUUAAUAUUGCCAUUCCGAAAAGAUAUCUUCAUGGACCACCCGGUGGAUUCAAAAGACCGUCUCCACCUCCAUUAAACAAAGAAGAACAAGAAGAAUGGAAUCGUUUGCAAAAGGAAGCUGGUCAAAAACCUGUUGAUGUUGCUCAGCGGACGAGAUUCCACGACUUUGAAGGGAAUGUGAAUCCUGAGACUGGAGAAGUUGGAGGACCCAAGAAGGAGCCAACUAUUCAUGGUGAUUACUCUUAUGGAGGAAGAGUGACCGACUUUUAGAGUAAUUACAUUGUGGAGUGUAUGAAGAUCAUUGCGAAUCAUGUGCAGAUUUACAGAAUAAUAAUUGAAGGUUUAUUGUUUGAAAAUUGAUCAAAACCCAUGGUAUCAUGAUAGAAAACAACAUCAACCUGAUAAAAAUUAAGUUCAAGAUUAAAACGAAGGCUAAUUUUUGCUAAAAUAAAGGGAAAGAAAUUGAUUACCUUUCUAGGAAAAAACCGGACAGGUUCUGUAUAGCAAUCUCAAAGAUAAUAGGUAUAAUCCUUAGCAAACUCGACUCUUCCGUUUUUAUAAUUAUUUAGAAAAAAGUGGGUUUACAAGGUAUUAUUAUUUGUGACUCGGAGCUGCAAAAGUUGAUACGAGAAUUACCCGUAAUCGGACAGAUCUUAUGAAAUAUUAAGAGGAGGUUUCACAUCCCAUUAAUUGCUAAUUUCAUCUUCAUAUGGGAGGGUAAAAAGUACGAAUGAAACUAUCGGUAUUUAAUUUAUCUAGUAGCUGGACUGUUUAGAAUCCAUAUAUAUAUUUAAUAUUCAUUCAAACAAGCUUCUUCCGUGCACGAGUUCACCUUUACAUAACAGCACCUUAUCUAUAUCGCAUUUCUUUCAUCUGUCAAUAAUAUGGCAAUGCAUGGAAUUCUCCGCAUACGACUAACAUUAAAAGUGAACACGAAGAUGGUUUUUAUUUUUCUCUUUUUAUUUCGUUGUAAUGAAAUUUGCUAAUUUUGAUUGAAGCUAUGCACUCAAUUUCUUUUUUAUCCCGGAAAUAAUGAGUCGGAAAUGCGUAUAUACCACAACUGUUUUUCGCUAGACACAAAGGCGACUGUUUAAUUUCUGUUCUAAAGUUUUGUAAUUUCGUUUCUUCAGAUUUGACCCUUUCUUUUGCUUCAUGUUACUUCUCAAGGAACAUCCUGCAAGAAGGAAUGACAAUAGUAAUUUUCCAGUGUGAAUCUACCUAAACGUAGUAAUAAAAAAUAUCAAUAAAAUUGAAGCAAGAAGCCUACAGCAUCCCGGAUUCCCAUGUUGUCUCCAACCAUAGUACUAACGAGACCCUCAGACGCUUAACUGCAGUGAUCGGACGGGAACUGGUGUUUUCGCCUAGGUAUGGCCGUAGACAACUGUCAGUGUAAUAAAAAAUAUGUAUAGUGGAUAUUUAACUCUUGUAAUUUGUUCAGUUUCAUCUGUGUCUGUUUACAUGGCUGCAUGGAAGUUGUAGUCUGAUAAUUCGUGUUUCAGUUCAUUUACUUGACUCUCUAAGUAGACGACAAUUUGAUUCAUUAGGCUAUAAAAGUCGGAUCGUUCAAGUUGAAAGAUUUGUGCUUUUUAUGCUGUGAAUGAAAUCAUUAAAAGGGUUGCAUUAACAAGGAUGUUCGUCAGAAAGAAAACGAACGAUUCAUAAAUAACACUAUUGCGAAACGAAUUCUUAGAUCCAUAAAAGAGUGAACGUGAAAAGCAAUCCAACCUGCCGAAUGAAGCUGUGCUUACUUUUGUGGACAAGAAUGCAGAAACUCGAGGGAUUGCAAUUGAUAUGAAUGCUUCCAAGGAAAUGUGAUUUAUAGGAGGGAUGGAAAAGAUUCGUUAAAACUCAAACUUCAGCGCUUUGCCCAGCAAAAGGUUGAAGCUCGAUUUCCUCGUUAUGAGGUGCUUCAUUUUCCGGAUCUGUCGGUCCUAAUUAGGUUAGUCAGAUGCUAAGAAAAGAAAAAAGUUAUAAUAAAGAGUACAUACGAACAUA